AUGCCACCCCCACUUUCUCCCCGCGCACGCACCUUAGUCGGCCAAGUCAAGAGGAACGUCCAGUUUCACGUAGAGCUUCACCAAUACAACACUAAUCCAACUCCUCACACCAUGGCAGACAUCCAAUUUGACAGUGCGCUCGAUCUUCUUCGGCGUCUCAACCCCCGUGACACGAAACAGAACCUGCAGGCCAUUACGUCGAUCGUCCCAGACCUGACUGAAGACCUCCUAUCCUCCGUCGACCAGCCUCUAGAGAUCCGCCGCUGCCCGAAGACCAACCGCGAUUACCUGCUCUGCGAUUACAACCGGGACGGGGACAGCUACCGCUCGCCCUGGAGCAAUGAGUUUGAUCCGCCACUGGAGGAUGGCACGGUUCCCAGCGAGCGGGUGAGGAAGCUCGAGGUUGCGGCCAACGAGGCCUUCGAUGUGUAUCGGGAGCUGUACUAUGAGGGCGGCGUGGGCAGCGUUUACUUCUGGGAUUUGGAUGAUGGGUUUGCGGGCGUUAUCCUCCUGAAGAAAGGUGUCACACCCGGAGCGAAGAGCUCAGGAGAGUGGGACAGCAUUCAUGUCUUCGAGGCGACUGAUAGGGCGCGCAUGUCUCAUUACAAGCUAACGAGCACGGUCAUCCUGCACUUGGCGAACGAGAAUGAGGCCCUUGGCGAGAUGGAUCUCAGCGGCAAUAUGACCCGGCAGAUGGAGGUUGAUCUUCCUGUGGAAUCGGAUGCGAGCCAUGUCGCCAAUGUCGGUAGGCUCGUUGAGGAUAUGGAGUUGAAGAUGCGGAACUUGUUGCAGGAGGUCUACUUUGGCAAGGCCAAGGAUGUGGUGGGUGAGCUUCGAAGUAAGCCACUUCUCUGUCACGGUAGAACCAAGGCAAUGGAUGCUGACAAGAAUACAGGCCUCGCACCGCUUUCGGAAACCAAUAAAGAGAAGGCUGCACACCUGGAGAUGAUUAGAUCCAUGCAGCGGUAA